AAACUUGUGGAUGUGAAGCUGAGCAUUUCUUAUCCUGAGCUACGUUCUUCACCAACUACUUGAAUAGAAGUAAAAGUAUUGCAACUUAUGUAUAUAUAUAUUAAUGUUCAACACAAGUGUGUCUAAGUUUGAUAGAGAAAGAAGGAGAAGUGGACUACAAACAAAACAAAUUAAAUUAAAUGGAGAAAGGAGAAAGAGGUGAAGGUGAAGGUGGUCGUCGGAAACCCCACGUAUUGGCGUUUCCAUUUCCCUUCCAAGGUCAUAUUAAUCCCCUGCUGCAGUUUUCAAAGCGCCUAGUCUCCAAGGGCCUCCAAGUCACAUUUGUUAUCCCCUUCACCGACUCCAACUUGGACUUGGACAUCGAUCAAGCUCAACGACGGCUACCACCCACUCUCAGGGUUCACACCAUAACCAUUAAUCCUGACGAUGAACUCAAAAGCGCCGAUGAUUUCUUCAAUCACUUCGAAAAAGUUGUAUCCCUCAAAUUAAAAGAGUUCAUCCACGCACAAGAAGCCCUUGGUAACCCUGUUUCUUGUGUUGUUUAUGAUUCUAUUAUGCCAUGGGCUCUGGAGGUUGCAAGAGACCAAGGUGUUGUGGCAGCUUCCUUCUUCACCCAGUCCAACGCCGUUAAUGCUAUAUACUACAGGGUCCAUGAAGGCCUGCUCAGAGUUCCAGUGAAGCAGGAGGAGCUUGCAGUGCUGGGGCUCAGGCUUGGGCUGCCACCACUGGAGAUCUCAGACCUGCCAUCUUUGGUCUAUGAUUUUCAUUCCUACCCAUCCUCCUUGCGCCAUGUCAUCUCUCGAUUUUCUAAUUUCAAAAAGGCCGAUUGGGUCUUUGACAACACUUUUGACACCUUGGAGGAACAGGUGGUCAGCCGAAUGGCCAGCCAGUGGCCAAUCAAGAAUAUUGGACCAACCAUUCCAUCCACCUACUUAGAUAACAACAUAUUAAAGGCCGACCAAGAUUAUGGUCUCAGCCUCUUGAAACCGCAAGCCGACACUUGCAGCAAGUGGCUAGACUCCAAAGAAACCGGUUCAGUAGUUUAUGUGUCGUUUGGGAGCUUGGCCACCAUGAAGGAGGACCAAAUGGAAGAACUAGCAUGGGGCAUUACGAUGAGCAACAAUCAUUUCCUGUGGGUUGUCAGACAAGAGGAAUUAAACAAGCUUCCCAUCAAUUUCAUACAAGACACUGCUGACAAGGGUCUGGUGGUGACAUGGUGCCCCCAGUUACAAGUUUUGGCUCACAGAGCGGUGGGUUGCUUCGUGACUCACUGUGGUUGGAACUCCACGCUGGAAGCUCUCAGUUUGGGGGUGCCAAUGGUGGCAGUGCCGCAGUGGACAGAUCAAACAACCAACGCCAAAUUUGUGAUGGAUGUAUGGGAGGUUGGGAUAAGGGUGAAGGUGGAUACAAAGGGAUUCUUCACGAGACAAGAGAUAGAUGAAUGCAUUAGGGAAGUCAUGGAUGGGGAGAGAGGGUUAGGGAUCAAAAAGAACUCAGCCAAGUGGAAGAAACUGGCUAUGCAAGCAGUAGAUGAAGGUGGAAGCUCGGAUAACAACAUUCAACAAUUUGUUGAACAACUUGUACUACGCCACUGAUGCUACAAGUGUUUGUGAAUGCAUCUGUGUGCGCUGAGCAGUUCAGAGAUGUUUCUUUGCAUUGGAUUACCUUACCACAUUAUCGGUUGGGGAUGUUUUUACGUGAGAUAUCCAAUGUGUAACCCAAGGACAAGGAGAGUUGUUUUUAUAUCUAUGAGUCAAUUAUUUCCUAAACGUGCCUCCAACUGCAAAAACAACUCGUAUGGACCUCAGCUAUACAACAAAAACAGAGCAUUCGGUCAAGUUCAGAAAAAUACUUGACAAUCUUCCUUUAUUUCAAUCUAAUAAUUUGUUAAUCUAAUAUUGGAUUUGUAAUUAACAAGUUAGGAAGCCUAAACAACAAGAAGGCCCCAUAAUGUUUUUUCUAUUUUUUUUUACCUAGUUAUAUUCCUCUUUAUAUAUCUAUCAGCAUUGAUUUUACAAAAUUAGCAUAUGCCAACACACACAAUAUGAGCCUCUACAUUCCUUCUUAAGCUGUGUUGGUAUCUUCUGUCCCACUUCCCAAUUUGACAACAUCUUCUGC